AUGGAUGAGGUAUCCCACUUUGUAACAAUAGCAGAUGUAGAGCAAGCAACCGGUGGCAUAUACAGCAAGGAAUUCAUUGGACUCUUCAAAGACAUAAAUGAUGACCCGAGAACGGUGGGCUACGAGAAAUCCGUGGAAGGGAACCCGCUUAACAUCCAGUCUUGGCUCCAAUAUAUCAACUUCAAGCGUAAUGCAAGUUAUGGAUGUCGUAUCCUACUGUUUCUGCGUGCCUUGAGAUACAGUCCCAUGUCGUAUAAGCUUUGGAUGCGCGUUUUGAGGGAGGUGGAUAGGUAUAUUGUCGAAUUUUACGCGUCAAGAGAGGAGUUAGCAUCCUCCGAGAAUGAGGAUCGUGAGGCUGUGUUGGACUUCUUGGAGGCCAUUUAUCGGAAGGGAAUGAGUCACAUGUACAAGUACCCUAAGGCCCGUUUGAUGUACACGCGAAUGUUGUGGGAGGUUCGUGGUAGGAUAACCGGAACGCGGCGGGAGUUUGACGACGUGUUGCGCACGCUACCAAUAACACAGCAUCAUUUGGUUUGGCCGGCUUAUAUAAAGUUUGUGAAGGAAUCAAGGUGUCCGUCCACAUGCUUGAGUGUGUAUAGACGGUGUAUCCAAUUGAUGCCGGAGUAUCGAGAGGACUUCGUAAGGUUCUUAUUGGAGUUAGAGAUGUGGACUCACGGUAUUAAGCAGCUGUCGCAAUUAUGCUUAAGUUCGAACUACACGGGAACCUGGAGUCGUCGGGACAUGUGGAAGACGUUAUGUCAAUUACUAUGCGAACACCCGCAUGCUAUAACUACUGUGGAGAGCGAACGGUUAAUACGGCUAGGAGUCAGCCAAUUUACGUCGUCAGUUGCUUCACUAUGGUGCGGUCUAGCUGGUUACUAUAGUGCGCUGAACGAAUUUGAUUCUUGUAUAGCCAUAUACGAAGAGGCCCUGGGCACUGUCGAGACAGUGGAAGACUUUACGACUAUUUUUAAGAGCAUAACGGGAUACCUGAAGGCAACCGCUGAGAAACUCAUGGCUCAAAGUAAUGAGCGAGGGCAAGAAGAAGAAUUAACCAUUGAAUACAUACUCGAAAAACUGGAAUACUUGCUGAAGCAUAGAGGCGAUUUGCUAUCCUUAAUGCGCAUUCGAAAAAAUCCUCAUGAUGUAUAUGAAUGGCUUAAUCGUGCUUAUUACUUUAUGCGCGAUGAUGACCACCAAACUGAUGGUGAUAGUGGUAGAAAAUAUGACCAUACCAAAAUCCCAGAUAUACAAAAGGUCCUGGAAGUCUUUGAUGAAGCCAUACGAACAAUCGAUCCAAUUCGCGCUACCGGUCCUUACAGCGCUAUAUGGAUCGAGUGUUCGUCCUUACUAGAAAAACUAGAUCGUACUGAUGAGGCUAGACAACUACUAGAAAGGGCAGCGCAUCAUGCAAACAAAAAUGUAGAAGGACUAGUUUCCAUAUGGUGCGAACGAAUUGAAUUGGAAAUUAGAUGCUUAUGUUAUAAUCAAGCAUUACACUUAGCUAGAUUAGCAAUUAGUCGAACCUACUAUAAGAAAAAACUAAAAGCCGAUGACGGCAAAGGGACAGAUAUGAAUGAUAGUCAUAAUCAGGAUAAUGACGAUAGCGAUGAAAGGACAUCAAUACUUAGAUCGCGUUUAUGUAAGUCUGUUAGGCUGUGGGCUAUCCUGUUUGAUCUGGAGCUAUGCUUUGGAACAGAUCUCACAAUAAAGGCUGCCUUCGAUCAGAUGAUGGCAUAUAAAACUGCUACUAUACCGCAGAUAUUAUGUUUUGCGGUGUAUGCUGAGAAGCAUCAUAGAUUUGAAGAAGCAUUCCAAAUAUAUGAAAAAGCAAUUACCUUGUAUCACUGGCCCCAAGUUGGAGAAUUAUGGCUGGAAUAUUUAUCUAAGUUCUGUAGUAGAUACCGAAAGAAGAAGAUAGAAAGGGCUAGAGAAUUAUUUGAUAAAGUUACUAGUCAAGCUCCCGCAACAGAAGCUUGGAGAUUUUAUUUUAUGUAUGCGAGGUUUGAAGAGCAGUUCGGACUAAUACGGAAUGCUCUUUCGAUACUACAUAAAGCCGCUAGUCAUGUCCAGGACCAGGAGAAAUUUGACGUGUACAAAAUCCUAAUUGCAUGGUCUGCCAAGUACUUUGGAAUUACAGCCACCAGACCUAUUUUCCAGGAGGCUCUUACGGUCCUGCCGGAUAGCGAUCUCGUGUCUAUGGGACUCAGAUUUGCUGAAAUGGAAUUGACUGUUUUGGAAACAGAUCGCGCGCGCGCUAUUUUCGAACACGUUUCUCAAUUCACCAGAUCCGCUGAUGAUGAGCUCUGGCAGCGUUGGAGUGAUCUUGAGUUGAGGCAUGGCACUGACAGCACCUUUGCCGAUAUGUUGCGUAAAAAAAAGGCUGCCACUCUCUUUGUUCAUCAGGCGGUAGAGACUUAG